UUUAUGAUUCGGCUUAUUGAGUUUCAAACAUGGCUGUGUUGCGCGGAUUCUCGCGAGUCUCGAGACAUUUAUUGUUUAAAAAUACAACAUUAUGGGAGGAGAAUAUUGUCAGGACAUUCCGUACUGUUGUACAGGAACCAAAACCUACGAGGGGAAUUUUGAAGACUUGUUUGAUCAGUGCUGUUGUUGGAAGUGCUAUUGGUGCAGGUUAUGCCUAUCAAAAAAUCGAACGAGACAGGAAACAUCUCGAGAUGGAGGGACAUCAGAUUGCGACGGAGAUUCUUAAAUAUAAACCAUCUGUAUCGACUUCGAGGAAGGUUGUCUCGGCGGUGGAUUCCACCGGAUUGAAACUCACCCUUUUCCAGUAUCAGACAUGUCCCUUCUGCUGCAAGGUUCGCACCUUCCUGGAUUAUUACGGGAUCUCCUACGAUGUUGUGGAGGUGGACCCAGUACUUCGAGGCGAGAUAAAGUGGUCAAAAUAUCGAAAAGUUCCUAUAUUACUUGCAAAAGUCGAUGGUGGAUAUCAGCCUCUCAAUGAUAGCUCGAUGAUAGUCUCUUUAUUAGCCUCCUACCUCAACGACAGUGGUCACAAAAUUGAUGAACUUGCGACGUAUUUCCCGAGUAUUGCUAUCAACGAUGAGAAGGGUUACAGAGAGGAAAUAGUCAAUAAGUAUUUUCUGAUGUAUCAGGGAUCGGUUCCCAAAGACAGGACACUCGAUGAUAUUGUGGAGGAGCGGAAGUGGAGACAAUGGGCAGAUGAUGUUUUUGUACACACAUUAUCUCCGAAUGUGUACAGAACUAUAGGGGAAGCUUAUCAAACGUUCAAUUGGUUCUCAGAGAUUGGACGGUGGGAGGAAUAUUUCCCAGCGUGGGAAAGAGCCUUAAUGGUGAAUGUCGGUGCUCUUGCCAUGUGGAUGAUCGGAAAACGUCUCACGAAGAGACAUCAUCUCAAAACCGACGUACGAGAGUCCUUCUAUGACGAGAUAAAUACGUGGUUAAAUGCCAUCAGUACGCGAGGUGGAGAAUUCAUGGGAGGAAAUAACCCAGAUCUUUCAGAUCUCGCAGUUUACGGAAUUCUAAGGAGUAUCGAGGGCUGCGAUGCCUUUAAGGACGCUCUGAAACAUACGAAUCUGGGUACAUGGUACUCAGCAAUGUCAGAGCGAGUGAAGAAUCACAGUGGAAGUUCAGUAUUGUCGGAAUAACGGUGGUAUCUGAUGUAUUAAAUAUAAAUAAAAUGACUCGUUUGUUUCGA